AAUCAUUUUGCACGGAGCGCCGAGCCGGGCCGCUCCACUGUACUUUGUUGGCUGAGAAGUUGAGCCGGGGGUGGUGGUGGGGGUGGCAGGUGGGGGGGCUGGGGGGGUCGCGUCCGAAAGCCCUCGCCCCGGUCCGGGUGCCACCUUCCUUCUCUGCCUGCUCGGGCGCCGCCGCGCCGCUGCGAGCGAGCCAACGAGCGCUCCCUUCCCCCUGCGAGCGGGCGCGCGGAUAAUGUCUGAGAAUGUCCAUUUCUGGGACGCUUAGCAGCUAUUAUGUCGACUCGAUCAUAAGUCACGAGAGCGAGGACGCGCCUCCAGCCAAGUUCCCCUCCGGCCAGUUCGCGGGCCCGCGGCAGCCGGGCGCCGCCGAGCACCUGGACUUCCCGUCCUGCAGCUUCCAGCCCAAGGCGCCCGUGUUCGGCGCGUCGUGGGCGCCGCUGAGCGCGCACGCGUCGGGGAGCCUGCCGCCAGUGUACCACCCGUACCUGCAGCCGCAGGGCGCGCCGGCCGCCGAGGGCAGGUACCUGCGCACCUGGCUGGAGCCCGCGCCGCGCAGCGAGGCCCAGGGCCAGGGCCAGGCGGUGAAGGCGGAGCCGCUGCUGGGCGCGCCCGGGGAGCUGCUCAAGCCCGGCGCGCCCGAGUACAGUUUGGAAACUUCCGCGGGCAGGGAGUCCGUGCUGGCUAAUCAAAGACCCGGCUACGGGGACAAUAAAAUUUGCGAAGGAAGCGAGGACAAAGAAAGGCCGGAUCAAACCAACCCCUCUGCCAGCUGGCUGCACGCCCGCUCCUCCCGGAAAAAGCGCUGUCCCUACACCAAAUACCAGACGCUGGAGCUAGAGAAGGAAUUUCUGUUUAAUAUGUACCUCACCAGGGACCGCAGGCACGAAGUGGCCAGACUCCUCAACCUCAGUGAGAGACAAGUCAAAAUCUGGUUUCAGAACCGGCGGAUGAAAAUGAAGAAAAUGAAUAAGGAACAGGGUAAAGAGUAAGGGCCACGCCCCGCGCCCCUGCCUGCUCAGCCGGCUGUGAUCCGGUGACAGGGAAGGGCGCCCUCCUCCCAGGCUUUCCAGAGCCCCGGCCCUGUGUCCCUCCCUGCUCUCUGGGUACCAGGAGAGUUUUGUUCAGUUAGAAGCUAGCAGUAGUUGGUUCCUGAGAAGACAGUGGGCCAAAAGGCAAGAGACGCCCUAGUCAAGCUCCUGGCAUCCCCUGGCCAUUUUUCUGGGAACGCCAACCCCUCCCUUCCAGCCUGCUUGGCCCAGUGACCCCCUGCACCCAUCUAAAGUGACCCCCAGGACACCCCAACUGCCCACAGCCCAGCACAUGCCCCAGACCCCGGGGUAGAGUUUGGAGCCCAGAGUCAGAACGGGAAUGGAAGAGAAAUGAAGGGACACUGCCAUGCCGGUGUGGUGAAAGUGCUCCUCCAAGCAGCCAGCCAGGCCUGGGUCCUCGCCCUGAUACAGACGUGCCCCAGCGUGAUGUCUAGACUCAGGGCUUACAGAGGUGCCACUCGCCCCCAGCCUCAGCACCCCCAAGGAGUGCCCAGCUUUGCCCCAAAGCCAGGGCAAUCCAGCCCGCAGGCUGAGGGGCUAGAGGGGCAGCUUGGCGGUGUCCUGGGGCAUCUGCACACGUCCUGUCGCAGGCGAUGUGGAACUCUGCAUGAUGUUUUCCUGUCCUUCCAACAAGAGGUCAGCCUGGGUCGUGUCCCCCCACCCCCCCGCCUGCUCCUCUGCGCCCCAUUUGGGGACUGCAGCUUUUCUUGCUUUCCACUGGCUCUGCUUCUCUGUGUCCUUUCCAGCUCGGCGCCCAUCCCAGCCUGAGCAGUGAGUCCAGCUGCACCUUGUACAAUUCCUUACCCUCCCUCAACCCCCAGGUCAGCCCCACCAGCUCUAGACAGAAGGCCAGAUCAGGAGACUCUGAUGGACAGACGCAGAAUUUAUUGGAAAUCCAUUCCCCAGCUCUCUUCCGGAGUUGGCUGGCAGACAGAGAGAAGCAGAGGCCCCAAGGUACAGACCUGGCCCCUCAUCCCCUCUUGUCAGCUCCCUGAGCCCUGAGGAGCCCCAGAGGCUGCCCACUGGGCUUUGCCUCCAUGGCUGCAGCCUGGCUGGGCUUGGCAGUGCUGGUGCCUGGCCUAGCAGAGGCCACAUUGCCCCAGGCCUCAAGAAAAGCUCAUUUUGCUUUGCAUCUGACCCUGCUCCCCGCUCUCAGUGCCCCCCCAUAGCUGGACUUGCCCCUCCCCUGACCCUGCGAGGGGCCAUCCCAGUAGAACUUUUUUUGCUUUGUCAGUGGCUGUUGUGACAUUGUGCUUGUGUUUUGUGAUUUCUUUGGGGAUGAUUGUCUCGCCUGUUUUCAGUUGUGGCUUCUAUGGGCGGGGAGGGUGGCGGGUGGGACUGGGGAGGUCUAGGGGCCUAGAGCUCUAAUUGUUUGUUUUGGAAGAAAAAGAAAAGAAAAAACAAAAAAAUAUAUAUCACUCCAGAAAAUAAACCUUUCUGAGUCUUAUUCUGCUCUGGCUUCUUCUCCCCUGGCCCUAGGUAGAGACUUCGGUCGUUAUAAGCAGAGUGGAAAACAGAGGUGGUUGUGUGCCCCAUACUCUGUUCCUCCAGGUCCCCAGAAUUUGCAAAGCAUGGUCCCUGUAGAGCUGUCUGCUUCAGUGCAGUGACAGCCACCAACACCCAAGGUCCCAAGCCUAGGGUGACCAUGAAACCCAAGGCUCUCCACAGACUGUGGAGCGGAGGAGCAGGACAGGAAGCAGCCGCGUUGCAGGCCCGGUUGUCCUGGGACCCUGGCUGCCCUGUGAGCCAGAGGAAGGAAAAGCUUUGGAGUCCUGAAAGGUUCCCACUGUCACCUUGGUCUGGCCACUCAGAAACCUCAGCAAGAGAAAAGGGGGAAGAGCGAGCCUGGGUCCGAGGGGUCGCAGGAUACUGCACGCCACAGAGGCUGGCAGACGCUUAGGCUGCUGGGAUGGUGGAGCCUGGGAGCUGCGUGCCCCUCCGAUGACGCUGGACCCACAGAAUGGCAGGCUGGGUCCCAGACCCUGGGUUUCCUAGGGGCCGGGGGCGCUGAGAUGGGCGUGGAGUGUUGAACAGCAUCUCAGGAGGGGAAAAAUGAUUUCCUUCCAGCGCCAGAAUUAAACUUGGUUGCAGGCGGCUUCUAGCUGUUCCUCUCAGCCUCUAGGCCAGGCCAGUUAGCACCCAGCAGUCGCUUUGCUUCCUCUGCGGCAGCAGCUGCACCUGGGCUCUGGUUUCUCCCUGUCCAUCCUUCCGCAAGGCCGCCCUCCAGACCAUGCGGGUGGGGACAGCUUGGGGACAAAAGCGGGCUGCGUUGGAGGCUGCCUGCUCGGGCCUGGCCUACCCCUCUCUAACGAAAAGAAGAUCGCUAGGCGAGGUACAGGAGGUCACGCAGCUCUGGGCUCGGUUCCGCAGGUCCCGGCUGACAGUCACCAAGGAGGGUUCCAUUGGGGAUGGCGAGUGAAUCGAGCUUAGCAGGCUGACUUGGCAUCCCGCGCUCCCCGCGUUCAGCCGGCGCUGACAGUAAACCAAAAAGGCCAGCUUCCGCCGAAAGGAAACGCGGAAGGCCGGGCUGGAAUUGGCUGGAGCGCUGCGAGGCGGGGUCCCGGGUGCCCGCAGUGGCCUCGGGCGGUAGCGUCUGGGUCCCCAGCUCGGGAGUGGCUCGUUUCUGGACAAAGGCGAGGAUUCGGAGGCUAGGAAGCCGGAGAUGGGGAAAUCAGUUGUCAUAAAAGAGAGCGAUUCAGAGAGGGAGACCGAGAGAGUACGAGGCUGCGAGAAGCCAGGAGAGGAAUUCAAUGCCGUGUGCGCAGCAAUAAAAGGAUAUGACCGCUAUAAAAGUUUAUAGCGUAUAAAUUUCUGAAGGUUAAGAAACUAAACAGCCCCAAAGCAAACAGAGGAGAAACUUUCCGGAGCUGAGAAGGAGCGCACGCAUCCGCUGGGCUCAGGCGCCCUGCCUCGCAGGAGGCAUGGGUGGCCCCGACCUGCAGCCCUUCCCGCCCUGGGCCGGGCCAGGGCCAAAGGGGGAGCUCAGAGGGGGUGAAGGGAGGGGCGCUUUGUUGCUGUAGUAAAUACUUUGGCCAUGACAGUUUGGACUCGUCUUUGUUCUUCACACCCUCUCCAAACCCAGGCGCUGGGAUCAAGAAGUCCCUGCGCACACACGUGCACGCACACAUGCCCACCCGCGCACACGCACUCGCAGGUCCCCAAGGCCAGACGUCCGGGCCAGGGCAGCGAUGUUUCACAGUCCCAUUCCGUCCUCCUCUCCCCACAGAACAGCCCAAUUGUUACUCCUCAGAACCUGAAGCAAUCCUGUGGGCUUUGGAAAGUGGGCAUGUAGCCCUUUUCCAGGCCAUAAACGAGGGGCGCUCCUGGGCCAAGGAAGGUUUAAGUAGGGGGAAAAAAGAAAGCAAACCGUGGAACCUCUUUUCUUUCCCGCCUCUUUCUUUUUUCUUUUAGGUCAUCUGCACAAUGUUGAGAACCUUUUCUCGAUCGCGGUGUCUUUUUCUCCGCUGUGGCUUUCCUUC